CGAUUUUCGUGUAUUGAUUGAUCAGGUAAGGAAGAUCGAAGCCAAUAGCCAGAUCUGCAGCGCGAGCUUCUUCAAGCUUCAGAUCUUUUUUAUCCUCAGCUUCUGAAAGCUGGGUUUGGCAGAACAUCUGAAAAGCGUCGACAAGUGUUAAAUUGUCCGAAUUCAGAAGCUUGAAUCGAGAAUUUAGCAGUAUUUAAUCAAGGAAGAUGAGCAAUACAAUAGGCCAAGGCUUACUCAACCAAUAUCUCUGCCAUCCUAUUACACUAGAACAUCAAAGUAAAUCUGUUUGUUAUGGAAUCUCUGCAAAUUCUUUGUUCCAAGCCUUGUCUGUGAGCCAAAAGGCACUACAAAUACGGAAACGCCUUUCAACUAAGUUCCGUGAGAAUAGUCUCAGCAGGACAAAAUCAAUAGUAAUCAAAGAAAAGCGCAGCAUGGUUACUCGUGCGGUAUUAACUACAGAUCCUGCUUCCGAGCAGAUCAAGGGAAAAUUCAAUCUUGAUGGAAGUUCUGAAUUAAAGAUUGAUGUCAGCUCUCCCACUCAAGGGUCUCGUUUCCGAAUAGAUUUUCAAGUUACAAAUAGCAGUAACUCUUUGAUUCUUCACUGGGGUGGAAUUAGUGAUGGACAAAAGAACUGGGUACUUCCCUCUCGUUGGCCUGAUGGAACAAAAAUGUAUAAGAACAAGGCUCUUAGAACUCCAUUUGUUAAGUCUGGUCCUGACUCCUUCCUGAAAAUGGAAAUUGAUGAUCCCAAAAUACAAGGCAUAGAGUUUCUAAUACUUGACGAGUCACGGAAUAAGUGGUUUAAAGAUAAUGGUGAGAACUUCCGCCUUCUUUUGUCAAGAAAGAAAAACAUGAGUCCACAUGUUUCAGUUCCUGAAGAUCUUGUACAGAUUCAAGCAUAUUUGAGGUGGGAAAGAAAGGGUAGGCAGAUGUAUACACCGGAUCAAGAAAAGAAGGAGUAUGAAGCAGCUCGGAUAGAACUAAUGGAAGAAAUAGCCAAGGGGGUCUCUGUAGAGGAACUUCGAGCAAAGCUAACAAAAAAAGAUGAGUCUAAGGCAAAAGAGCCUACUGUUCUAGAAAGCAAGAGAAAGAUACCUGAUGAUCUUGUACAAAUACAGGCUUACAUACGAUGGGAGAAAGCAGGGAAGCCCAACUACCCCCCAGACAAACAAAUUAAAGAGCUUGAAGAAGCCAGAAAAGAGCUGCAGAUGGAAUUAGAUAAGGGCACCUCUCUUGAAGAAAUACGAAAUAAGAUAGUAAAAGGAGAGAUCCAAACUAAGGUUUCCAAGCAGUUGAAGAAUAAAAAUUAUUUUACUAUUGAAAGGAUUCACCGCAAGAAAAGGGAUUUUAUGCAAUAUCUCAAUAAGCAUGCUGCUGAAUCUGUGAAAGACCUUCCUGUUCAGCUAAGGGCUCUAACAACGAUUGAGAUUUUUUCAAAGGCUAAGGAAGAGCAAGAUGGUGGUGUCAUUCUGAAUAAGAAAAUUUUUAAGCUUGGUGACAAAGAACUUUUGGUACUUGCAACCAAACCUUCUGAUAAGACAAAAGUUUAUCUGGCUACAGAUCUAAAAGAAUCGCUAACCCUUCACUGGGCUCUAUCAAGAAAUGGAGGAGACUGGGAGACACCACCUCAAAGUGCAUUGCCUCAGGGAUCUGUUCCACUAGGAAAUGCUGUUGAAACACAAUUUGCAGAGACCUAUUGUGGAGAUCCUCCUCAACAGGUACAAGCCUUAGAAAUAGAGAUUGAAGACAAUUUUGUUGGCAUGCCAUUUGUCCUUGUAUCUAAUGGAAACUGGAUAAAGAAUAACGGAUCUGACUUUUAUGUUGAUUUCAACACUGAGUCUAAAAAAGUAAAAAAGGAUGUCGGUGAUGGAAAAGGUACUGCAAAGGCUUUGUUGGACAAAAUAGCAGAGAUGGAGGGUGAGGCCCAGAAGUCCUUUAUGCAUAGAUUCAACAUUGCAUCAGAUUUGACGGAGUGGGCCAAAGAUGCUGGGGAACUGGGUCUUGCAGGAAUUCUUGUGUGGAUGAGAUUUAUGGCUACAAGGCAGCUCAUAUGGAAUAAGAACUAUAAUGUAAAGCCACGUGAGAUUAGUAAAGCUCAGGAUAGGCUUACAGACUUGCUCCAGAAUAUAUACAAAAAUAAGCCUCAGUACCGGGAAAUUUUGCGGAUGAUCUUGUCCACUGUAGGUCGUGGAGGUGAAGGUGAUGUUGGGCAGCGAAUUCGAGAUGAAAUAUUGGUUAUUCAGAGAAAUAAUGACUGCAAGGGUGGAAUGAUGGAGGAGUGGCAUCAGAAACUACAUAACAAUACUAGUCCUGAUGAUGUUAUAAUCUGUCAGGCACUCAUUGAUUAUAUUAAAAGUGACUUUGAUAUCAGUGUUUAUUGGAAGACUCUGAAUUCAAAUGGAAUUACAAAAGAACGUCUUCUAAGUUAUGAUCGUGCUAUACAUUCUGAACCAAAUUUGAGGAGAGACCAGAAGGAUGGUCUUUUGCGUGAUCUUGGGAAUUACAUGAGAACUUUGAAGGCAGUUCAUUCAGGUGCAGAUCUUGAGUCUGCUAUUGCAAAUUGCAUGGGAUACAGGUCUGAGGGUCAAGGUUUCAUGGUUGGAGUGCAGAUAAAUCCUGUUCCAGGCUUGCCAUCUGGAUUUCCGGAACUUCUGGAAUUUGUUCUAGAUCAUGUUGAAGAUACAAAUGUAGAACCACUUCUUGAGGGUUUGCUGGAGGCUCGUCAGGAGCUUCAACCUUUGUUACUUAAAUCCUAUGAACGUCUGAGGGAUCUUCUAUUUCUGGAUAUUGCUCUUGAUUCUAUGGUAAGAACGGCCAUUGAGAGGGGAUAUGAAGAGCUAAAUAAGGCUGGACCUGAGAAAAUUAUGUACUUCAUCAGCAUGGUUCUUGAGAACUUAGCUCUUUCCUCUGAUAACAAUGAGGAUCUUAUCAACUGCUUAAAGGGAUGGAGUCAUGCAUUGGACAUGUCCAAGAGUAGAGAUGAUCACUGGGCUUUAUAUGCAAAAUCAGUCCUUGAUAGGACCCGACUUGCUCUUGCAAGCAAGGCAGAGCAUUACCAGCAAGUUUUGCAACCUUCUGCAGAGUACCUGGGAUCACUUCUUGGAGUUGACCAAUGGGCGAUAAAUAUAUUCACUGAAGAAAUCAUUCGUGCUGGGUCAGCCGCUUCCUUGUCAUCACUUCUUAAUCGACUUGACCCUAUUCUUAGGAAGACAGCUCAUCUGGGCAGUUGGCAGAUAAUCAGUCCAGUUGAAACAGUCGGCUGUGUUGUAGUUGUAGAUGAACUACUUGCUGUCCAGAACAAAUCAUAUGGACAACCAACGAUUUUAGUGGCAAAAAGGGUAAAAGGAGAGGAAGAAAUUCCAGAUGGCACAGUUGCUGUGCUUACACCUGACAUGCCAGAUGUCCUAUCUCAUGUCUCUGUGCGAGCAAGAAAUAGCAAGGUUUGCUUUGCUACAUGUUUUGACACCAAUGUUCUGUCUGACCUUCAAGCAAAAGCAGGGAAGUUAUUACGCCUAAGGCCUACUUCUACAGAUAUAAUUUAUAGUGAGGCCAAGGACAAUGAGCUUUUGAAGACAAGUUCAAAUUUGAAGGAAGAUGAAUCUUUGCCAUCUAUAUCUUUAGUCAGGAAGAAGUUUUGUGGUAGAUAUGCCAUAUCAUCGGAGGAGUUCUCCAGUGAAAUGGUUGGAGCUAAAUCACGUAAUAUUGCAUAUCUAAAAGGAAAAGUACCACCAUGGGUAGGAAUUCCAACAUCAAUCGCCCUACCAUUUGGUGUUUUUGAGAAAGUGCUCACAGAUGAUUCAAACAAGGUGGUAGCUGACACAUUGCAGACCCUGAAGAAAAGGUUAGGAGGAGAUUUCAGCAUUCUUGGUGAAAUCCGUAAGACAGUUUUGCAGCUUUCAGCACCCCCUCAGUUGGUGCAAGAGCUAAAGAAUAAGAUGAAAAGUUCAGGGAUGCCUUGGCCUGGUGAUGAAGGUGAGCAACGAUGGGAACAAGCAUGGGUGGCAAUAAAGAAGGUCUGGGCAUCAAAAUGGAAUGAAAGAGCUUACUUCAGCACCAGAAAGGUGAAACUAGAUCAUGAUUAUCUCUGUAUGGCUGUCCUUGUUCAAGAAAUAAUAAAUGCUGAUUAUGCAUUUGUAAUCCACACCACCAAUCCGUCGUCUGGAGACUCAUCAGAGAUAUAUGCUGAGGUGGUGAAAGGACUGGGAGAAACUCUUGUUGGUGCUUAUCCUGGCCGUGCUUUGAGCUUUGUCUGCAAGAAAAAUGAUCUUAACUCUCCAAAGGUAUUGGGUUACCCAAGCAAACCCAUUGGCCUCUUUAUAAGACAGUCCAUUAUUUUCCGCUCUGAUUCCAAUGGCGAAGAUCUAGAAGGUUAUGCAGGUGCAGGACUUUAUGAUAGUGUGCCAAUGGAUGAAGAAGAGAAGGUUGUACUUGAUUACUCAUCUGACCGAUUAAUAACAGAUGGAAGUUUUCGCCAUUCAAUCCUAUCAAGCAUUGCCCGUGCAGGAAGUGCAAUUGAAGAGCUUUAUGGAUCUCCACAGGACAUUGAAGGUGUAGUGCGGGAUGGAAAGAUUUUUGUUGUUCAGACAAGACCGCAGAUGUAACUAUGCAUCCACAUUGCAGGAAUUAGUUCUUUUCUCCCAGAAAAGUUUACAUACGUCAGUAUUAAACAUGUAAAAAAAAAAAACUUAGAAAGUAACUAUAACAGAACAUUUUUAUCAUGAUUCAUGAAUGAGCAUCUCCUCAAUUGCUUGAGUUACUCAAGUAACUACAAGCGGUGCUUGAAAAUCUAACAAGAAAUGCAGAAGUGUUUUAAUGGCAUGAUUAUUAUUUGAGAAUGCAAAAACAUUUAGCCAUUUCUAUUCUGA